AAAUUAAAAUAAAGAGAUUUUUGUAUUUUUUUUUAAUACAUUGGGGCGUGGGGGGAGCCUUGAUAUGUGGAAUCAUGAAAAAAAUUGUGCUGAUGUGCUUUAAUGUUGUUUUUUUCUGUGCAUGUGUUCCUCUUCCCGUGCUGAACACCUCGACGGACUCCAGCGACGUCCGCACAGGAUGCUGAGUGUCACAGCUUUUUUUUCCUGGGGGGCCGCCAACACCUGGUGACCCCAAACCACAUCUGCGACAAUAACACGGUCACGCGAGGUCAAAUAAAACGACAUCUCUAUUUGUCCCAAUGUUAAAGUCGCACAAGGCCCACGCCUUCUCAUCCUGCAUUGCGCAACCGGGAAUUGUCAAGGAUGUCCUCUCGGAAGUCCAAUUGUUCACUUCAAAACAGUCUCACAGCUUCAAAUUGUUUGAAACACCCGGCUGGCGUUAAUAUAUUUUAUUUUUGUGUUAUUUCAAUUGUGUGGCUGCGUUGAGUUUUCAAGUCAACUCUAACUGGUAGUGGCAAUGAACAGGUUGAAGCCGCUUUUGGAAGAAUAUUUAACAAAUAAUAUCAGCCGAAGUGCUGCUUGUUGUCAAGUGAGCACAGCCUCCGGCUGCCAUACGGCACUCGUUCCUCAAGUUUGGGGUCGCAAAUCAAAGCAAAAACUGUCUCGAAAAAACUCGUAAGUCGGGUCACUUGUAUCUCGAGGCACCACAGUAAUCAAAUAGGAUUUUCUUUUGUUGGACAAUGACCUCUUUAUUUUCUAAUAAAGCAAGGAGUAGCGAUUUGGUUGUGAUUCGCUAGUCAUUUGUUACUGUCAGUGCCAAUAGGAAAUGGGGAUUCGCAGUGUGAGUCUGAGCCCUAAUACUCUAAUUACAGUAAAUAUUUGUAUGAAAAGCGAUACUCCCUACAAGUCAAGUCUUUAGCAGGUAAAAUGGAUUUGUUGCAGGGUUUAAGUCUGGGGAUUGACGACCAGUGGGAAAACGUCAAGUUUUUUUUGCGAUUGAUGAGCUAUUAAUGCAGCAGUAAAGUCAUAGUUCCAGUAAAUAUUUGUAUGAAAAAUUUCCCCCUGCUGAAUUUUGAACAGUCGUAAAGUCAUAAUUCAAGUAAAUAUUUGUAUGAAAAUGGAUACUCCCUUUGUCAAGUCUUUAUCAGGUAAAAUUCAUGCUCUAUAGGAUUUAAAUCUGGAGAUUGACUGGGCCAGUCUAAAACCUUCCACUUUUUUCACCUGAUGAAUAUUUGUACGAAAAGAGAUACUCCACACAAGUCUAUUCUCUAGCUGGUAAAACACAUGCUCUAUUGAGUUUAAGUCUGAAGACUGAUUUGACCAGUCUGAAACCUUCCACUUCUUGCUCCUGGUGAGCUCCUGACACACUACUCACGUCAUAAUAGUGGUCAUUAUAUGAAAAUCACUUGAAGGCCGUAAAAACAGGAAAAUGCGGCAGUGAGUGAACGUCCCUUCUUGUGCCGCGUGACCACGUAUUCUUUCCAAACACCGGAUGUCGGGACUGUCGUAAACCGAGGACCCUUUGCUGUACAAGACAGCGAAAAGUCAAUUCUCCAUAAUAUGCCCCCUUCAAAAAAAUGGCUUUCAUGAUGUAGCCUCCAAAGAUGAAUUCUAUUCUGUUCUCGGCUCAUGGUGCCCUACCCCCUCCCCUUUACAAUACCCCAAUUUCCUUCUCCAAAUUGGACUCUUGACACAUUACCUACACUGUUGCAUUACUCACACGGCACCCCCCCGCCCCCACCCCUCUUAACAUUCCGUCAACCACCCCCCCCUCUCCGACCUACUCCUCCCUCCUCCCUCCAGCUGAGUUUAUAAGGCGGCCUCAGUGGGCUCACAGCGAGCACUUUUUACAGCGUCUAGCAGAAGCCAGGUGCUUCUUUGACUACCUUUUGGACGCCCAAAAAAUGGGCACGCUGAGAGUAUGGGGGGUGCUGAGGGUGUGGGGGGUGCUGUGCAUGAUGGGAUGUGUGGCCGCGUCGCCGCACCUCAACCAGGUGGACUAUGCGGACGUUUACGACAACGAGGUGUCCAGAGAGCAACGUGAAGACGAUUCCGCGCAGCCGCAACCGUCGUGCCAGUCCGCCGAGCUCUCCCGAUGGGACAAGCUCUUCAUCGCCCUGGAGAACUCUCACAUGAGGCAGAACAUGCUGCUGGAGUCCUCUGAGUCGUGCUGCGGGGCCACGGCGUCCCUCAGGGCGCAGCUGGAUCACCUGGCCCGGGGGUCGUCCCGCCAGUGCCCGCCCUGGCAGGCCGCCCUCAAGAUGCUUCACCAGGAUCUGCUGGAGCUCCGGGAGGAGGGCGAGGCGAGGGAGAGGAGGUUCAACGCCACCCUCCAGACCAACAAUCAUUCCAAACCCUCGCCGUCUGCUCUUAAAGAACAGGAAGUAGCGCAGGAAGUGACGUCGCCGCCUGCCGACAGCGUAGAGAAGGCGCUGGUUGCCAUAGCGACCGAGCUACAGCGGCUCCACGUGCAGCUCAGCCGAGUCAUCCAGCAGGCCGGCACGCUGAGGAAAGACAGAGGAGACUCGUGAGAGGCCCACACCAGAUGGACCGCUGUCGUAAGAGUGGAUAUAAAAAGUCUACACAC